AUGGCGAUGCGCUGCAGUGCGACGGUCAUCACCCCGCGCGGGGGCCUCCUCGGCCUGCGCGCCCGCAGCCGUCUGGGUGCACCUGUGCAAGCGCACAGGCGCGCCGCGCGGUGCGCGGCCCAGGUCGUCGUGCGCGAGACCGAGCUCGGGAGCAUCAUCCUGUGCCCCUACGAGGACGAGAUCACCUACGACGACGCUCCCGCCGAGCCCGCCGAGAAGCCCGCCGAGAAGCCCGCCCCCGAGGCCGCCAAGAAGGCCCCGGCCCCGCUCGCGCGCCUCUUCUCCAAGAUUGCCCGCGACAACCCGGAGGAGGAUGACAUCAAGCACAUUUUGGAGGAAGAGACCGAAAUGAAGCGCCCCGAGGCGGCCGAGCCCGCCAAGGAGCUCCCCACGCCCGCGGCCGCCGUCGAGGCGCCGAAGGAGCCCGUCCUGGCGGCGGCCGCGGCGGCCCCGGCGACUGAGCCGCGGAUCGAGGCCGCGGUGGCGGCGGCGCCGACGACGGUCCCGGAGGCCGCGGCUGCGCCCGCGGCGGUGGCUGCGGCGCCGGAGCCGUGCGCGGCGACGCCGGCGCCGGGGGCCGGGGUGCCGCUGCGGUACGUCCCGCCGUCGGAGCCGGUGCGGGAGGCGGGCGCGGUGCGGCAGUAUCUGACGGCGCCGGGGAACAUCCCGGUGGCGGCGCUGGCGACGGCGGCGGCGGCGGCGGUCGCGGCGAUGGACUCCGGGAUGCUGCCGUGCCCGUCGAACUUCACGGGCAACGCUGUGCCGCUGCUGGGUCUGUCGGCGGCGAUCAGCGCGCUGCUGAGCGCGACAGGCGUGCCCGUGCUGCGCAAGCUCGGCGCCGUGCAGCCGAUCCGCACCGACGGCCCCGCGUCGCACAUCGCCGACAAGAAGAACACGGUGACGCUCGGCGGGCUCACGUUUUUGCCCGUGGCACUGGUGCUGGGCCUGGCGGCCGCCAGCGGGCCCGCGGCGGCGUUCUGCGCGACGUGCGCCGCGGCGUUCGGCGCGGUCGGCCUCCUCGACGACGCGGUCGCGAUCCGCUCCGGCAAGGGCCUGCGCAUGUCGCAGAAGUUCGCGCUGCAGAUCGCGGUGUCUUCCGGGCUGUGCGUGCUCGCCGCCAAGGUGAUGCUGCCGAAGCUGGCCGGCGGCGCGGUGAUCGCGCUCGGCGGCAGCGCGAGCGUCGCGCUCGGGCCCGUGCUGUACUGGCUGCUGGCGGGGUCCGCGAUGGUGGCGCUCCCCAACGGCACCAACCUGACGGACGGCCUCGACGGCCUGCUGGCCGGGACCGCGGCGAUCGCGUGCAUCGGUGCGGCGACGAGCCUCGUCGUGACUGCUCCGGCCAUCGCCCCGCUCCUGAUCGCCGCCGCCGGCAGCUGCCUGGGCUUCCUCGCCGUCAACCGCAAGCCCGCGCAGGUCUUCAUGGGCAACGUAGGCUCGAUGGCGCUCGGCGGCCUCCUCGCGGGCGCCACCGUCGUCUCCGGCUCCUACCUCGCCAUGCUCCUCCUGUGCCUCGUCCCCGCGCUCGAGGCCGCGUCCGUCGUCGCGCAGCUCGGCUCCAUGAAGCUGCGCAAGGGCAAGCGCGUGCUGCGCAUGGCGCCGCUGCACCACCACUACGAGCUGGGGGGCGUGAAGGAGGUCCCGCUGGUGUCGUGGGCGUGGGCUGCGUCCGGCGUCGCGGCCAUGUGCGCCGUGAUGCUCGUGGCGAACCAGCCGGUGACGCUGGCGUGA